ACUACCUCGUCAUCCAUUCCAUAGCGUAGCACGGGUAUUAGUAUACCGAGGGUUCAGCGUAUUGUCCCUCCCAACACACAGGAAUUCGCAACACACAGAGCUACAAAAAUGGCCACCUCUACCGCAGCCGCCGUCUCCUGUCUCCUCCUCCUCGCCACGCUCUCCAUCGCCGCUGCGGAAAUAGGGCAUCCGCAGGCUCCGGCGGCAGCCGCAGGCGCUGUGGGCGGCCGGACGGAGAUCAGUGACGUGGGCAAGAACAAGUUGGUGCAGUCCCUGGGCCGGUUCGCGGUGGCCGAGCACAACCGCCGCCUCGGCCACGGCGGAUCAGGCAACAACGGCGACCCCGUCCAGGUCCAGCUCGCGUUCACCGCAGUGGCGGCGGCGCAGAAGCAGGUCAUCUCCGGGGUGGUAUACUACCUGAAGGUUAUCGCCCGGGCCCCGGCGGGCGGCGGCGGGGAUAGGCCGUUCGACGCCGUGGUGGUCGUCAAGGCGUGGGCCAAGUCCAAGGAGCUCGUGUCCUUCAUGCCGUCUCCCAAAUAAUCGACAGGCUGGCUGUCAGGAGUACGUAUGUGCGCUCCGUGCUGGUUUUGUGUCGUUAUUACUACCCUGGUUGCACUCUUUUUCUCGUCACUUGAGCACUCCCUAUGCAUGUUUCAAGUCCAAGAAGUAUGUACUGGUGUAACUUACAAAAUAAAGAGCGUGUUUCAUGCUUGAUUAAUUCA